GCGCAGAGUGGAUCGAGUGUCGCCGAUGCCCGGAGUUCGUGGUCCGCGUUUCGUUCGGUUGCAGUCAUCUGUGUCGCCUUGGCCGUCGCGAGACGUUGAUACAGAGUGUGGAAAACUGACCGGGCGAUUUCCCUGGCAGUCCGAGAUCGUCGAAUCCUCGUAACCUCGUCAGCUGAUCCCCUGGAAGCAAUUGAUCGAUUACAGUGUCGUGGCGACGGACGAGCCGACUGACGACUGACGUAACGUCGUCCCGACUAAAAAACACACCUUAGAUAUUAAGUGUCAGAUUAUCCGACGCCAUGUUCUCCGGUCUCACCAGCCAGGUGUCCAACUGGAUGGGCAAGAAGAACGACGACGGCACCGAAAUACCCGCCGAGGAAAAGCAGCCAGCCGCCUCAUCCCCAGGGGCCGAACCCGAGUUCGAGGCCGACAAAAAGGACUCUAGCCCAACGAAAGGAAGCAAGCUCGAGAUGCUGGCCGGAGUGAAAUCGCAGAUGUCCGGUUGGCUGAGCGGAGGAAUUCCGGGGCUGAGUCGCGGCGCCGGAGUCGCGGGGCAAGCAGAAGGUGAGCUUCCGGCGUCCUCCGAAACCGCAGAAAGCCAAACAUCGCGGGAAAGCGUUCAGGGUUCCGCAUCUGACCAUGUAAAAGACGAUGAUGCUAGCAGGUGGGUUGCUGGUGCGACUGGUGGUGCCGACAGCGGACCUGCCAGUCUCGAGGGAACUCCAACCGACGACAAGGACGGGCAGCAGGCAUUCGGUGCUGUAUCAACCAAAGCAAUAGCCGGAGCGAAAAGCCUCGGUGGAUUUCUUUACAGCGCAGUCAACAAGGCUGGAAAAUCCGUGGUCGAAGCCAGUGCAAAGAUCAAGAAAACGGUCGAGGAGAAUGUCAGCAAUCAGAGUCUCCUCGGCGAGUUCAACAAGGAGCAGGACGCCUUCAUCGCGAGUAAGCAGGGUGAAAAAGGAGAAGCUGUUGCACCCUGGGUGGGGGCGCCAAACGAGGAAGCUCUUCGCGAGGAGUGCUUAGCCCUAUCAACUGAUCGACGUAAUUUCGUGAGAGCUCCACCACCGGGUGUCGAAUUUGUCUGGGACUUCGAGGCUGCUCAGCCAGUGGCGCAAGCCACCCUUGCGUUGGAUCCGAACUUGGAAACAAUGAGGUUCGAGCUGGUGCCCAAAGUGAUAUCGGAGGAGAACUUCUGGCGCAAUUAUUUCUACCGAGUUUCACUUUUGCGCCAGAGUCACGAGCUGAACGCAAUGGCUAGUCAAACGGAAAGCAAUCAGAACCUUAUAUCGUCAGGCAGCAUCGAUCACACUCAAGAUGACCAGGUGAAGAAGCCCGAGGAUCGAACUGCAUCGGCGCCCAUUGGCGAGGAUCGGGAAUCUUCGACGGUCGAUUCGCCAGGUCAUGAAUUUAUAUCAGACACAAUGAGGGCCUCCGAUACGGAUAUUCGAGAGGUCAGAGAGGGGAUGAAGAAACUGGGAAUGCAGCCGCCUAAAGCCUAAGAAGAGGAGUGUUAACCAGUAUAUACCCAUUACUCAAGCCCCCACGACUUGACAAAUUGGUCAUAGAAAUGAAUAUUUUUACCUACCGUAUGAAAUUUUUAUUUCUUUAAUUCCGUUUUAAUCUCGAUUCUUUUUUUGUUUUUUUUUUCUCUUCUCGUUUGUACUUCUUUCUUCACGUUGUCAUCAUUGCCCCGGUUUACAGUGCGUCUCGUUUCUUUUCCGUUACACGUUUCACCGUUCUCACAUAUUACACGAUUGUUUACCUUAUCACAUCCCAUCGCUUCGCCUAUUUCUUUUCUGUCUUUCUUUUUUUCAUUAAUAUAUCAUUUGAAUAGUUAUAUUACAACAUUGUUGCCGAAUCGACGGUGUUGCAUACGAUGGUAGUAUUACGACAAACAUACGUGUAUAAUGAAUCUUAAUGAAUACAUCUAAAUAUACGUAUGUGUAUAAAUAAAAUAUACAUAUAUUUAAUAGUCAGGCGGAGAUGCGGUAUUAUAAAAAGCAAGUCCUAAAGUACCUAACUUGCGGUUUGUCGGGAACGUAUAUUGAACGAUACACAAUAUACUUAUACAUACUAUACCGUACAGUAUAGUUAAUAAAUAACGCAAGAUACUUAUACGAUAAACAAUUAUAUGAUUCAAGUAUUACCAUUGAUAAAAAAAUAAUAAUAAUAAUAAUAAUAAUAAUAAUAAUAAUAAUCCUAAUAAGAAUAAUAAACAACAACAAUACCAGUAAUGAUAAUAUUAUUAUUAAUAACGAUGACAACAAUAAUAACAUUAAUAAUAAUAAUAAUAAUAUUGAAUAAUAGUACUUACAAUUGAUUGAUUGAUUAAUAUCGAAAGUUUAGAAAACGCUAGUUGGCAAGGAGAGGAUUAAACCGUUAGAUAUAAACCGUUAAUUAUAGUCUAUCACUAAUUGAUUAAUUAAUUAAUCAGCUAGUUAAUUAAUUAAUUAAUUUAUCAAUUUACUCGUAACAAAUAAUCGAGACACGGGAAAAAAGAAUACAAGAUGAAGAUAAUAUAUUUCACUAUCUGUACGUCUGUCUGUCUGUCUGUCCGUCUGUCUGUCUGUCUGUCUGUUUCCCCAUCUGUCUGUGUCUUCGUUGAAAUGCCUCAUUGUAUGCACGCAUGCAUACAAUGUAUGACAUAUAUGUAUAUACAUCUGUACGUGUUCUCUUUUUCUCUCCGUACUCUCUGUGGUUAUAUAAGAUUGAAAUUUGACGAUGAAAAAAGUAACGGGGAGGGGGAAAAAAAAACAAACAAAAAACAAAAAACAAAAAAAAAAAAAAAGCGACUACGAUAAACAAAUAGUUACAAAAAGAUGAAAAUCUUUUAAAGUUGUAAAUCUAAUGUAACGGAAGAUUGAAGAGAGAAUAAAAAAUUGUGAAAAAAAAAUUUAAAUUAAAUAAAAUACGUGUAACAAUGACGUAAAGAAGAUAAGAAAAAAAACAAAAAACAAAAAAAAAAAAACAAACAAACAAAAAAGAAUACUCUAAUAGCUAUACAUAAAUAUGUGUACACGUGUAUAGGGUACAUAAAUCAAAUUCGUUGAAUGACAAUACGUGUUUAAAAUGAUAAUUAAUAUCACGACUUGGAGAUAUAUGUAUAGGGAAUUCUAUUGGAAUCGGAUGGUAUAUUCUUUCAAUGUGUCGUUUCUUAUUUUUCUUUCUCCUUCGUCGAGAUACAGCCAAAGGCGAACGGUGCAUCGAAGUACACGGGCAUCUCAUUUGAUGAUCGAUGCGAUGUAUAAUUGACGGGAUAGAAGUUAAACGUGCUUUCGCACUUUGUUCUGCUAUACAAACGAAUGCGUGCAAUUGACGGCUACGACUCGGAUACACUAGUCGUGAAAUUGAUACGGAUACGGGCAGUCUAACUUGAGAUACCUGUUAUGCUUUUAUGAUGAAUAUAUUUCCACGUAUAAAUACCCUGUAUUAUAUACACAGCGUUAGGAAUUUCAGUUUCCUACAUGGGGAGGGGGGGGGGGGGAAGAAAAAUACAGUACGUUAAAAUAAACAUUGAUUUUUCAUUACAUUAAGGUAAUGCAAAACUGUAAAUUAACGGUAUGUUUUGGUAAUGAAUAAUUACCGUCUCUGAUCGAGGUCGGUAUUCAUCGUCGGUUUGCACAAUCGCGCCUUGAAGCAUAAUUAAGAAAGCAGACUCAAAAAUGAGAACUGACGACGAAUAUCGGCCUUAAUAUAAUACCAUUUCUCAUAUAGAUUUGCAUCGCCUUAACAUCGCGAUGCAUCGGACUCCAUUCGGAACAGUAACAAUUAACCCAUCGUCAAACCGGGAAGUGAACUAAUUAUAACGCAUCAAGCAUCGCUCAUAAUCCCAUCACCCCGAUCUGCUUUUAAUUCACGUUAAAAACUCUUUCACGCAUUCGUCGACAAUUUGUAUUUUGCAUCUAAUGAUCAAGUAUGAUCUCAUUAAGAGCAAUCGAUCAUGGAACUGCAAAAUCCAAAAUGCUACGUUGCUUUUCUCCUUUUCAUCGCUUAUUCGUUAUUAUACAUUGUCCGUUGAGUUUUCUUUCUUUCUUUCUUUCUUAUUUUUUUUUUCUCAACAUUUCCUUGCCUUUUUUUUUUUGUAUGUUUAUUUUUUAAUCCCGUGCCCGACGUUAUUGAGUCAAAAGAUCAGAGCAUUGCGGAAGAGAGCCCGGAAAUAAAGAAAGAAAAAAAAAAAAAAAAAACACAAAAACAAAAAACAAAUCUUUGGAUUCAAAUACAAUAAAAAAAAAAAAAAUUCACCCAAUGACCGGGGAAUCUGCUAAAAUCUACA